UAAGCCACGGUGGAGAGUUGCGGAGUAAUCCUUCCUACUGUAGGCUCGGUGAGAAAAGGACAUUAGCGCGAUGAUAUCCUGCCAGUCGGGCAGAAAACUAAAUCAAGUUUGAGACUUUCCACGGAGUUUGGACGGCGAAGGAGGCGCAGCGGCUGCGCGCCAUGACGGACGACGAGAGACAGAGACUCCCGGCGGGAGUUUGCGGAAAGACGCCAUGUGAGCCCCACACCUGCUAGGAUGGCCCCCCGGCGCACUUGCACCUGUGCGGGAUGGCAGCGUUUCACCAUCACCUCCACCUUCACCAUCUGCCACACCUGCGGAGGCUGUUCCACCGGCUCACCAUCGCGUCCUCUCUGAGCAUCGUGUGCUUCUCGCUGGUCUACCUGCUCACCGGGGGCCGCCAGUCCGCUCUGGUGGGGAACUCGGACGUCAAGCAGCCUCCCGCGGGCUUCUUCGCGCUGUACGAGAGGAACGGGAGCGGGGCUUCCAGAGAGGGCUCCGUCAUUGGCGCCACCGGCCAUGCCGGGCUGGAGGCGAACAUGUCGGGGAAGGAAUGGACCGCCAGCCGGAGGUUACCGCAUGCUCUGAUCAUCGGGGUGAAGAAAGGAGGAACCAGGGCUUUGCUGGAGUUUCUGAGGCUGCAUCCUGACAUCCGAGCUCUUGGGUCCGAACCGCACUUCUUUGACCGGCAUUACGCACGAGGACUGGACUGGUACCGGAGUAUGAUGCCCAAAGCGCUGGAUGGCCAGAUAGUAAUGGAGAAGACGCCUCGCUACUUUGUUACCGUGGAAACCCCAGCACGAGUUCAUGCGAUGUCACAAGACGUAAAGCUGAUUGUGGUUGUGCGGGACCCUGUGACCCGAGCGAUAUCAGACUACACGCAGAUCAUCUCAAAGACUCCAGACAUCCCUGCUUUCCAGAACCUCGCUUUCAAGAACCGCACUAUUGGUCAGAUUGAUGCUCAGUGGAGCCCUCUAUGGAUCGGCUUGUACGCCCAGCACCUGGAGCGCUGGCUGACCUGGUUCCCCCGCAGCCAAGUCCAUUUAGUAAGUGGGGAAAGGCUCAUCUCAGACCCUGUUGGGGAAGUGGGGAAAGUCCAGGACUUUCUGGGCCUCCAGAGGAUUAUCACAGACAAACACUUCUACUUCAACAAAACUAAAGGCUUCCCGUGUCUGAAGAAGCCAGAAGGGAGCAGUAAACCUCACUGCCUGGGGAAGACUAAAGGGAGGACGCACGCCUCUAUUGACCAAGCGUUGAUGCAGACAUUGAGGGAUUUUUACAAGCCGCACAACCAGCGCUUUUAUCAGAUGGCAGGACAGGAUUUUGGAUGGCAGUGAGGACAUCAAAUAUGAUUGUUACCAGAAACGUCCGUCAUUGUUUGAGACACAUCAGAAAAGAACAUUGUCAAAAAGAUUUGUCGGCCAAAGUUACCAAUUGGCCUUUCCACUAGCAAAUUAGAUACCACAAGGUAUUAUUUGUAGUGACUGGUUAGCCAACCACUGCUGGUUUAGCACAUGGUCAUUGUAGCAUAAAGACACAUGACGAGAAAUGACAAACAACUAAGGUUGCUGUCUGUUAACACAGGACGCUGCAAAAUCCCCCACCUUAUUGAUUUGCCCAGUUUUUGUGGCUGCCGUAAUUCUCUUCUUGAAUGGCAUACAUCUCCUUAAAUGGAGACACAUAGCCACAAGUAACCCACGUUCUCCUCUAGCGCCAUUUUUUGGUAAUGUGCCUGGUUCCAACUGAUGCAUUCAAGGCGAUAAGUAGAGCUGACCCAAUACGGAAUUUGAAAGUAGGUAUUGUACUUAGUCGUAACACUUACUGGAAGUCGAUAAAAUCGAGCUGAAAUCGAUGACUGAAAAACUGUUGGUGGGUCAGAGGUCACUGAUGUUGGAUCUGACAGAGGGCCUGAUUUAUAACCUGUAAUCCACCCCAAAGGUUUGGUUUAGAUAAAUGGUAAAUGGGUUAUAUAAUUGUACAGCGCUUUUCUACCUUCAAGGUACUCAAAGUGCUUUGACACUACUUCCACAUUUACCCAUUCACACACAUAUUCACACAACGAUGGUAGGAGCUGCCAUGCAAGGUGCUAACCACGACCCAUCAGGAGCAAGGAAGAAGUGUCUUGCUCAAGGACACAAUGGAUGUGACAAGGUUAAUAGAAGCUGGGGAUUGAACCAGGAACCCUCAGGUUUCUGGCACGGCCACUCUCCCAACCGCGCCACGACACCCCCAGGGAGAUCAGGGCUCGGUUUUGGUUCUAUGAUACCAAUGCCUUCCAACUAUGCCUAAACUAAUCAUGCUUAACAAAGAGGGUCUUCCCCAAACCACAGAUAUGCACAAAAACAUAUGAGCAUUUAACUGAUGGGGAAGUAGGAGAGUAAUUGAUUAAGGAAUCAGUCAAGUGUGAUGGUUAGUGAUUGGUUCGAUCCCUGAUAGAGGAACAGUGGGGUCUUUAUUUAGUGCUCAGAUGAAAAAAGACUAACAAAGAGCGACAGCGCAAUGGAUAAGUGCUGCAAAAUUACCAGGAAAUUAAAUGACAGUUAAAGGCAAAAAGGAACAACAAGGCAUGUACGGGAGGAAACACAAAACAAUACAAAGUAUUUAAUAUAGACAGUGGAAAAAAGUGAAUUUCAAAAGCAUGGUCCUUGACUGCUGCAACUCUUUCAGCGCUGUAAGAAGCAGAGUAACGGUGCAGUUAUUCUGUUGGUGUGUCUCGUCAACGGAAACCAGGACACCUGGGGAGGAAACUCCAGGCAGAACGUGUGGGAGAAAACGAUGAAUCGGAAAAAAGACAGGAAACAGAAAUGUGGAAUGUUUCAAAACAUUUUUUCUAUAUUACCAUUUGUUUAUUUAUCAGUUCUUUAAAGACAAAUUGUGGAAACAGCAACACUCAGGGCCUGAUCUACUUAAGGUUUUCAUGUAUUAAAACAUCUGCAAACCUGAUAGCACAUGGCACAUGCAAAGCUGAUCUACUAAGCUUGUGCGCGGAGGAUUGCGUUUCCUAAAAUAACGAGUGCAAUCCAUUUAGCGUGUCUGUCUUCAUGAAUAUGCAGAAUAUAUUCUGAUUGUUAGAACGACCACAAUCCUGGGGAGGAGUGGAUACAAAUAUGACUAUUAAGCCUUUGCAAUGUGAUUUAGCAAAGCUAAAACUGUUUUGUGGUCGCUGUUUUACAUCUUUAUUCAGCACUUUUGAAAUGUGCAUGCUAACAGGCCCAGUUAUGCACAAACACAGACUAUGUUAAAGGGGAAGUGCCCUUUUUGGGGAAUGGUGCCUAUCGUUCACAAUCAUUAUGAAAGACAUGACGACGGAUGGAUUUUUUUGAAUGCAUUCUAAACAUCAAAUAAAUUCAAUCAAUAGUCUGCUUACAAUGGAGUCUAUAGAGCCCCUAAAAACAUCCAAACACCUCUAUUGAGUUUUGUAUACACGAUUGAAGUAUGUAAUGUAAUAACGGACACGUUUAUUAUAACAUUUAAUAUUUACGUAUUUUUGAUCAUUUUAAGCAUAUGCGGUGCAUUAAUUUCAAAAACACAUCACAUUUGCUUUUUUUUUCUUCAUCACUCAUUUCUGCUCACUGCAGACUUUAUGAGAGCCAACAAAAAUAAUAAAACAUAAUUUACUGCACAAGGUCUGCUGUCAUUAGGAUGCCAACUGCUGCAAUGUAUUAUUACUAUUUAGAUGAAGAAUGUUUGAUAACCUUCACAAGGGGGGGCUCAGGGGGACCAAGCAUCUUUUUGUGUCGUCCCGGCCAUUUUUGGGUCCUAAAUGGCUGUCAAAGUGUACCAAGUUGUCCGAUUAUAUCGUCAGCCAUGUACCUUUCAGGUGAAAGGAAUGAUUUAUGAUCUAUAAUCAACUUACAGGGAGCAAGGAAGCAAGGAAGCAGCAGACCACUUGAUGACGUAAACAUAGGGACACACGGUAGUGAUCACGGUGCCGCUAUAAAUGGUUUGUCUGUGUUAGUGUUCAUAAUAACAAUAUCACUAACCCUUGGUUAAUAUUCAAGUCACAAAAUAUAAAUGGAGUAUUAUUGGCGCUUUUGGAAUGGUUAUUUAUUGGAUUGUAUGGGCAGAAUAGUGGAGCUCCCAUUAUCUCUGCUGUAAGCUGACUUUUAUUUACGUUUAUUUAAUAUUUCGAAUGUAUAAAAAACAAUCAAUCCAUUGUCAUGGCUCUCAUAAUGAUUGUGAACGAUAGCCAUUUUUUUUUUUCAAGUGCAAUUCCCCUUUAAAAGAAUUCUCCAUCCUACGUGUGUAUCAACAUACUUGGUCCGUCACAAAUAAAAAUAAUAAACAUAUCGUCUAUUCAACAAUAUCAAUUUGUAUUGUUAUAAAUGCUGGAUGACUUAAAUGGCAAAUUAAAACAAAUUCAAUUAUUUUUGUUUCGGUGUCUGCAGCCGUUUUCUUAAAAUGGCGUUUAUUCAUUCCUGAAAAAAGUUGUUGUAACAUAUUUUUUUGCUUCUGGAUCAUUUCAGAUGUACCAUCACAACGUCUCCGAGAAUGCACUUUUGGUGAACUACAAAUAGGUUUUGUUGUCCAGAUUGCACUUCAGUAUUGCCCAGACAAGGAGAUGCUCAUUAUAUGUAUGUGCUGCAUGUUCAACAACAUAACAAAACAGCACAGGUUGGCCAUAUAAUGCCGGGAAUGUUGAGGGAAAUGAGUGUCUCCAUGGUGAAGGCAGGUAGUACACCCAAAAUCUUUAUUUACUGUAUUUUCCGAACAAUAGAGUGCACCAGUAUAUAGGCCGCACCCAAUGAAAUUUCAAUAGAAAAAUAUAGUUUCCAUAUGUUAGCCGCACCGGGCUAAAAGUCACAGAUUAAUUAAUGUUAUGAUGCGAGUUAUUUACAAUUUAAAAUUUAAAAAGGUUUAUUUACAUACCUUAAUUGUUUCUAAACUGUGCCUGGAACACGGUAGUAAAAUGGGUGAUAAAACAAAACAGAAGUCAUCAUUAUGGAUCCACUCGCUUCGGAAGCUAACUCUCCAAUCAUGUAAACAGAUUCAAUAACUCCACAAUAAUGUUUUGGUGAAUUUACUGAGGAAUUGGAAGCUGAAACAAUAUACAAAAAUGUCAUCGCAAGUUAAUAAUACUAACAAAGAAGCUUGCAAACGUGUUUGCAUAUCAGCUAACAACGCCUGCUUGAUUACUUUAUGACAGUACAUACAAAUAUUCAUAAAAAUCCUACUAUUAAACAUGUGAUGGUUUAGUAAGUAUACAUUUAUUUUAGUUCUAUCGUAUAACGUACAAACGUUGCUUGGAGUGAUGAAUAAAAAAACCACACGAGUAGAAACACUAUGGAGACGCUAGUAGACGGAAAGACACUUCCGGUUCUUGGUAAGAACCAGAAGGAAAUACUGUAGUGAGUGUAGUAAGUGCAGUGAGCGAACUCGUCCAAAGGAUGGUACCAUAGCACAAACAAUAACACACCCGUCAUGGUGCGUUAUAUGUCUCUGUGGGUGUUUUAAGAAAACUAUUUGUUAAACACAACACAUUACGGCUGUUAUCGAAGAAAAAUCCAUCAAUCAGCCGCAUCAUUUUCUAAGCUGCAGGGUUCAAAGCGUAGGACAUACGAUAAAUAGGACGGUCUGCCCCAUUUUUGCACUACUUGUCAAUUGUGCAUGAAGUCGUAGUAUCUCACCCGCGUCACAAUAAUAGUACACGCAAUUUAGUUUGUGGCUACUACUAC